AUGCCGGAGGCUGUUGUCACUGCACGUAGGACGCGGGUGGCGUCGAGAAGAUGGCGACAGUGGGUGCACCGUGUUGUGUGGGUCAUUGUGUGGUGGGUGGGUGCCGUGCUGGUGGGAAAGCUUCAUCAGGAUUCCGUGAAGAUGUAUGUGGCCGUGACAGUGAUGCUGGGAAUAUUUGCGCUGUUGAAUGACACACCAAGAGAGAAGAUGAUGGAGGCGACGGACGCUGGUGUGGGCAAUGCCCCAAAAUUUAACAAGACGGAGACCGUAGUGAGUGGGACAGCUGCUGCCGUCGUCGCCAGCACUGCUUCUCUUGCCGUUGUGAAUACCAGCGGCACGGUAGUUCGCCGAGGGGCCUCCGUCGUAGAGAAUCAGUGUGCCAUCUUCGCAGCCCUGAAGGCAAUAGGGACGCCACAGGCGCUUCGAGCCAUUUGGGAUGAUGCGUUGCUUGAAAGCAUUCUUUGUUCUCCGUUGGAUGCUCCGCUUUGUUGUUGCGGCAGUGGGAAGCGCUUCGCGCGUUGCUGCCGCCUGCUUCAGGCGGAGCUUCGGGGGUGCGGCCUGUAG